AAAAAACUGCUGGAAGAUUUGUCGAAAUCUGGUUUCUUCGAUCUUUUUUUUCAUUUCUGCUCCAAUCUUUCUCCUUUUUUCACCUGAAAUUCUUCAUCUCACUGUCACUUCCUUCUCUCUCUAUCUCUCUUUAUUUUUAUUUUUAACAACUUUUUGAUUAGCUUCGAAGAUUCUUUGUUCCCACGAUUGAGAGAAGAUUCGACAUUGUACAUAGAGAUCGAGUCAUUUGGAACAAAACUAUUUUGAAAAAUUCUCAACUUUGGGGUUUGGCGUUGUGAUUACGACUUGCGUUGUUGUUUCCAAAAUUGGAUUAUUGGUGGAUAGAGAGAGGGAGAUAAGGAAUUUCUGGGGAUUGGGUCUUUAUCACGCUCUUGUAAUUUUGCGAAAUUUGUCAACUUUUUUUGCUAGGGGUGAGAAAUUAGGGUUUGUGACCUGAAUUUUGGGAGAAGAAAGGGGAUCUGGGGUUUAGGUCAACGGAAUUGGAGCAAUCGAGAAUGAUCUGCUUGUUGGUUUACUAAAUCGACGGUUUGGAUCUGAUCGGGGGAGAGACAGCGCCAUCCCAUGGCGCUGUUCCGUCGCUUCUUCUACAAAAAGCCUCCGGAUCGGCUUCUCGAGAUCUCCGAGCGUGUCUAUGUUUUUGACUGCUGUUUCUCUAGCGAUGUUAUGGGGGAGGAUGAGUACAAAGUAUACUUGGGUGGCAUCGUGGCGCAGCUACAGGACCAUUUCCCAGAUGCAUCUUUCAUGGUGUUUAACUUUAGAGAGGGGGAACAGCGGAGUCAAAUAUCAGACGUGUUGUCCCAAUACGAUAUGACGGUAAUGGAUUAUCCACGGCAGUAUGAGAGUUGUCCGCUUUUACCUCUCGAGAUGAUCCAUCACUUUCUAAGAUCGAGUGAAAGCUGGUUAUCCUUGGAAGGUCAACAAAAUGUACUGUUGAUGCAUUGUGAAAGAGGUGGUUGGCCUGUUCUUGCUUUUAUGUUAUCGGGGCUUUUAUUGUACAGAAAGCAGUAUCAUGGCGAGCAGAAGACUCUUGAGAUGGUACACAAACAGGCUCCUAAGGAGCUUCUUCAUCUAUUGUCUCCUCUAAACCCACAGCCUUCUCAACUCAGAUAUCUUCAGUACAUUUCUAGAAGAAAUUUAGGCUCUGAUUGGCCUCCUUCGGACACACCUCUUCUUUUGGACUGCUUGAUUCUCAGAGAUCUCCCACAUUUUGAAGGGAGAAAAGGUUGCAGACCAAUUUUACGGGUUUAUGGGCAGGACCCUAAAGCCCGAACCAACAGGAGUUCCAUACUUCUCUUCUCCACACUAAAGACAAAGAAACACACUCGUCUCUACCAACAGGAAGAGUGUAUCCUGGUGAAAUUAGAUAUACAGUGCCGCGUUCAAGGGGAUGUUGUACUGGAAUGUAUACAUUUGCAUGAUGAUUUGGUGAGCGAGGAGAUAGUUUUCAGAAUCAUGUUCCACACGGCUUUUGUGCGAGCUAAUAUUUUAAUGCUCCAACGCGAUGAGAUGGACAUACUUUGGGAUGUCAAGGACCAGUUCCCAAAGGAAUUUAAGGCAGAGGUACUUUUCUCUGGCGCUGAUGCCGUGGUGCCUCCUAUUACAACUUCUACAAUAUCAGAUGAUGAGAAUGAUUUUGAUAUUACUUCACCUGAAGAAUUUUUUGAGGUGGAGGAGAUCUUUAGCGAUGUGAUUGAUGGACCUGACCAUAAGAGAGACUCGGAUAGUUUUGUGGUUGUUGAUACUGCUUCAGAUGAUUCUGAGGGUAAAGAGGUGUGGAAGGGGGAUGUGGAACCCAAUGCGUUUCUAGAUUGUGCAUCAGAUGAUUCAAAUCAUAAACAUGAUAUGCAUGCAGAGACUAGCACGGAUCCAGUCAAAGAUAUCACUGUGGAUGAUGUACAGUAUAGAUCGGAUGGGAAGGCAGAUUCUAAUAUCGACUCAGUGAAGGAUAUAGGAAUAGAUGAUGGUGAUGAGCAGCGAAAGAGAAGAACCAUGGAAGCAAAGGAAAAUGAUUCUAGAACAGUAGAGACUCAAUGCAAAGGUGAUGAGGAAAGCAAUGAUUUGGAAUCUAUGAGUCAGAAAACAAGUACUAGUCUCAACAAACCCAUAUCCGAAAAAACACAAGCUACACUAAGGAAACAGGUCGGAGCAAAUGCAAAACUGGCUGGAGAUUCACUUAAACCGAAGUCUAAGCAGCAAGAAACUCAGGGUCCUAAUGUAAGAAUGGCUAAUCCUAACGCAGUCUCUCGAUGGAUUCCUUCAAAUAAGGGCUCAUAUAAAGAUUCUAUGCAUGUGGCUUAUCCCCCGACAAGAAUUAACAAUGCUCCUGCCUCAAUUACCACUUCUCUCAAGGAUGGUAAAAGAGCUACAUCACCUGAUGGUGUGAUUCCAAAGGAUGCUAAGACUAAAUAUCUGAGAGCGUCUGUUUCUUCACCGGAUAUGAGGAGUCGAGCUCCAAUUUGUUCAUCACCAGAUUCUAGCCCGAAGGAAAAGCCGUCUUCUCUACCUGCUGCGUCUCCUCAUCAGGCUCCUCCACCCCUGCCUUCUCUAACCAGUGAGGCCACAUCCGUUUUACACUCUUCACAAGCAGUUGCAUCGCCACCUCCUCCUCCGCCACCACCGCCAUUACCUACUUACAGCCACUAUCAAACAUCUCAGCUCCCACGACCACCACCGCCGCCACCUCCUCCUUUUUCAUCUGAGAGACCAAACAGUGGAACUGUGUUGCCUCCACCACCACCACCACAGCCACCUCUUCCUUUUUCAUCUGAGAGACCAAACAGUGGAACUGUGUUGCCUCCUUCACCACUAUCUCCACCUUGGAAGUCUGUGUAUGUGUCAGCUUUGGCGACUCCUGCAAUAUGUUCUCCUUCUCAACUUCCUACCUCUUCACCACCUCCACCACCACCUCCGCCUGCAUACUAUUCAGUCGGUCAAAAGAGCAGUGACUCUCAAACAUCUCAGCUACCAUCGCCACCGCCUCCUCCUCCACCACCUCCGUUUGCAUCUGUGAGGCGAAACAGUGAAACUUUGUUGCCUCCAGCACCACCUCCACCACCUUGGAAGUCUGUGUAUGCUUUGUCUUUUGAUACUCAUGAGGCGUGCUCUACAUCUUCUUCCCCACCACCACCACCUCCUCCUCCUUUUAGCUCAUUAAAUACAACAAAAGCAAAUGGAGAUCACAUCCCCCCUCCACCUCCUCUGCCUUAUACGAGUGUUGCACCUACACCAGCACUCAAGAUCCUUCCUAUUAAUGGUUUUUCCACUUCUCCAUCUCCACCUCUUCCACCUAGUAAAACAGCUCCACCAUCACCUCCACCUUUUAGUAAUGCAUAUUCAGUACCUCCCCCUCCCCCUUCUCCACCAAGUUAUGGAUCUCCACCUCUUCCACCUAGUAAAACAGCUCCACCACCACCUCCACCUCCUCCUUUUAGUAAUGCAUAUUCAGUGCCUCCCCCUCCCCCUCCUCCACCAAGUUAUGGAUCUCCACCCCCACCUCCCCCUCCUCCACCGAGUUAUGGAUCUCCACCCCCACCGCCGCCUCCUCCACUGAGUUAUGGAUCCCCACCACCACCUCCACCUCCUCCUUUCAGUCAUGUACGCUCAAUUCCUCCACCUCCUCCUCCGCCACCAGGUCAUGGUUCCCCUCCUCCUCCACCACCCCCUCCUUUUGGUAAAACUUCACCUCCUCCUCCUCCACCACCUCCAUUUAGAGCUAGUGGACCUCCACCACCACCACCACCUCCGUUUAGAUCUGGUGGACCUCCGCCUCCACCGCCACCAAUGGGUGCUCCACCUCCACCUCCACCUCCGAUGUAUGGAACACCACCUCCACCGCCUCCCCCGAUGCGUGGAGGAGCUCCACCGCCACCACCUCCCCCGAUGCAUGGAGGAGCCCCACCACCACCUCCGCCUCCUGGUAGUAGAGGGCCUGGCGCACCGCCACCUCCACCACCUCCUGGUGGUCGUGCUCCUGGUCCACCUCCACCUCCUGGACCAAGACCUCCGGGUGGUGGACCUCCUCCACCUCCAAUGCUUGGUGCCAGAGGAGCUGCAGUUGAUCCUAGGGGUGCAGGAAGAGGGCGUGGUCUUCCACGUCCAGGUCUUGGGUCUGCAGCUCAGAAAAAGUCUUCCCUGAAGCCAUUACACUGGGUUAAAGUAACAAGGGCCUUGCAAGGGAGCUUAUGGGAUGAGUUACAGAGACAUGGAGAAUCACAAACUGCACCAGAAUUUGAUGUAUCAGAAAUAGAGACCCUUUUCUCUGCUACAGUGCAAAAGCCGGCUGAUAAAUCUGGAAGUCGUCGAAAGUCUGUUGGGGCAAAACCUGAAAAAGUUCAACUGAUUGAUCUUAGGAGAGCCAAUAACACGGAAAUAAUGCUUACUAAAGUAAAGAUGCCGCUGCCUGAUAUGAUGGCUGCAGUUCUGGCAAUGGAUGAGUCUGUACUAGAUGUUGAUCAAAUAGAGAAUCUUAUAAAAUUUUGUCCAACCAAGGAGGAGAUGGAGCUUCUUAAGAACUACACUGGUGACAAGGCGACCUUGGGAAAGUGUGAGCAGUACUUCCUAGAGGUAAUGAAGGUGCCACGAGUGGAGGCAAAGCUUAGAGUAUUUUCUUUCAAAAUUCAAUUCGGCACUCAGAUAACAGAAUUCAAAAAAAGUUUAAAUGCAGUAAAUUCUGCAUGUGAGGAGGUCCGUAAUUCGCAAAAGCUAAAAGAAAUUAUGAAAAAGAUUCUUUACCUGGGGAACACAUUGAACCAAGGAACUGCAAGGGGCGCUGCUGUUGGAUUCAAGUUGGACAGUUUAUUGAAACUAAGUGAUACACGUGCUGCUAACAGCAAGAUGACUCUCAUGCAUUAUCUUUGCAAGGUCCUUGCUUCAAAGGCAUCAGUUCUACUGGACUUCCCCAAGGAUCUUGAAAGUCUUGAAUCAGCCUCGAAGAUACAAUUGAAGUCUCUGGCUGAGGAAAUGCAAGCUAUAAUCAAAGGAUUGGAAAAACUGAACCAGGAACUCACUGCAUCUGAAAGUGAUGGUCCUGUUUCUGAAGUUUUCCGUAAAACAUUGGGGGACUUCAUAUCCAUUGCUGAGACUGAAGUGGCAACUGUAUCGAGUCUUUACUCCGUCGUGGGUAGAAAUGCUGAUGCACUUGCGCACUAUUUUGGCGAGGAUCCUAACCGUUGUCCAUUUGAACAAGUUACUGCAACCCUCUUGAAUUUUAUAAGGUUGUUUAAGAAAGCACACGAAGAGAACGUGAAGCAAGCAGAGCUGGAGAAGAAGAAAGCUCUUAAGGAAGCGGAAAUGGAGAAGGCAAAAGGAGUCAGUCUCACAAAAAAACCAGUUGAUGAUAGCUGACGAAAAGCUUACAUAUUAUUUUGCAAAAUCCGCCUUAAUCUCUCAAGAGAACCGAGCUGGUCUUGUAAGCCAGCAAAGAGGCGGUGGUGCUGUUUCUGUUCAAGUAAACCUUUCCGCAAAGCGGCAUUGGAUGCUUCGUGCAGUUAAAAACAGGCUUGGGUCCUAUGAGGAGUGGUUUCGCCUGGGCGGGGGCUAUCGAGGAACCAUGGGAAGAUAAAGAGACAGAUCUUUUCUCCAGUCACGUUAACAUAGUUGACUCCACAUUGAUUUAAUUCUAACUUGUAAAUUAGAAUUCUUUCCUGUUUUAUAUUUUUCCUGAUUAGAGGAAUUUUUGAUAGAUUGAAAUGUUGUAUAGGUUUCAGGUAGAGCGAGAGAGAGUGAGAGAUGUAGAUCAUUUUGUCUAUUUAGUGUGUAACUUUGUAUACCUCCUUAACAUCAAUGUUCUUUUUAGAAUUCAGACCAAUGGAAAAAAAAUAAAAAAAA